GUCCGUCAGUGUACCAUCAACCCGACCAGGAAGGUGCCGCUCUCUCCCGCUGCUGGUCGUCUCGCCUCCUCCAUCCCAUCCUGCUUUGCGGCUCAGGGGCAAGAUGGCUGCUGAGAAGCAGAUCCCGGGUGGUGGUAGUGGUGGUGGUGGGAGCGGCGGCGGCGGCGGCGGCGGAGGGAGCGGAGGUGGACGCAGUGCCGGAGGAGACGAGAAUAAAGAAAACGAACGCCCUUCAGCCGGAUCGAAGGCAAACAAAGAGUUCGGGGAUAGCCUGAGUUUGGAGAUUCUGCAGGUUAUUAAGGAGUCGCAGCAGCAGCAUGGCCUACGGCACGGAGACUUUCAGCGGUACAGGGGCUACUGUUCUCGAAGACAAAGGCGCCUCCGGAAAACACUCAACUUUAAGAUGGGGAACAGACACAAAUUCACCGGGAAGAAAGUGACAGAGGAGCUCCUGACUGACAGCAGAUACCUGCUGCUGGUUCUGAUGGAUGCAGAAAGAGCCUGGAGCUACGCCAUGCAGCUCAAACAGGAAGCCAACACCGAGCCCCGAAAACGGUUUCACUUGCUGUCUCGCCUUCGAAAAGCCGUGAAGCACGCCGAGGAACUGGAGCGCUUGUGUGAGAGCAGCCGUGUGGAUGCUAAGACCAAGCUAGAGGCUCAGGCCUAUACAGCUUACCUCUCGGGGAUGCUGCGCUUUGAACACCAGGAGUGGAAAGCUGCCAUUGAGGCUUUCAACAGAUGCAAAACUAUCUAUGAGAAGCUAGCCAGCGCGUUCACAGAGGAGCAGGCUGUGCUGUACAACCAGCGCGUAGAGGAGAUCUCGCCCAACAUCCGCUACUGUGCAUAUAACAUUGGGGACCAGUCAGCCAUCAAUGAACUCAUGCAGAUGAGACUGAGGUCUGGGGGCACAGAGGGGCUCCUUGCUGAAAAACUUGAGGCCUUGAUCACUCAGACUCGAGCCAAGCAGGCAGCGACCAUGAGUGAGGUGGAGUGGAGGGGCAGGACGGUUCCCGUGAAGAUCGACAAAGUGAGGAUCUUCUUACUGGGACUGGCUGACAAUGAAGCCGCCAUUGUGCAGGCUGAAAGUGAAGAAACGAAGGAGCGUCUGUUCGAGUCGAUGCUCAGUGAGUGCCGAGACGCCCUCCAGGCCGUGAGGGAGGAGCUCAAGCCUGAUCAGAAACAGAGAGAUUACACCAUCGAUGGAGAGUCAGGGAAGGUAUCGAAUCUCCAGUACCUGCACAGCUACCUGACCUACAUCAAGCUGUCCACAGCGAUCAGGAGAAACGAGAACAUGGCUAAAGGACUGCACAGGGCUCUGCUGCAGCAGCAGCCAGAAGAUGACAGCAAGCGCUCUCCCCGGCCUCAGGACCUCAUCCGGCUCUACGACAUCAUUCUGCAGAAUCUGGUGGAAUUGCUGCAGCUUCCUGGCUUAGAAGAAGACAGAACCUUCCAGAAAGAGAUAGGCCUCAAGACCCUGGUGUUCAAAGCUUACAGGUGUUUCUUCAUCGCUCAGUCCUACGUGCUGGUGAAGAAGUGGAGCGAAGCCCUCAUCCUGUAUGACAGAGUUCUCAAAUAUGCAAGUGAAGUGAGUUCUCAUGGGGGAGCCUUCAAGAACAGCCUGAAGGACCUGCCUGAUGUGCAAGAGCUCAUCACUCAGGUGCGGUCAGAGAAGUGCUCGCUGCAGGCCGCAGCCAUCCUGGAUGCAAAUGAGUCCCAUCAAACUGACACGGCCUCCCAAGUCAAGGACAAUACGCCUCUCGUUGAACGGUUUGAGACCUUUUGCCUGGACCCUUCCCUUGUCACCAAGCAGGCCAGCCUCGUGCACUUCCCCCCCGGAUUCCAGCCCAUCCCCUGCAAGCCUCUGUUCUUUGACCUGGCCCUCAACCACGUGGCCUUCCCACCUCUUGAGGACAAAUUGGAGCAGAAGACCAAGAGCGGCCUCACAGGCUACAUCAAGGGCAUCUUUGGUUUCAGGAGCUAACCAGGCUCUUCCUCAGGGGCAGGGAGGUCCUGACUUGCUCUGCAUUGAAACAGACCCAGCAAGUUCCAUGGCAUUAAAUCCAGUUCUGCAUUGCCUGGGGCAGAGCUCAGUACCCUCGGCCCUGUGACCAUUCAUCUUGUGUGUUUGUGACUUACUUUGGUAGCCUGUCAUCUUCUGGGCCCAGAGUCAGGGUCUCUGUGUCCCCUGUGCCUCCUGGGGACUGCUGCUGUCCUGCCCUUGUAAGCCAUGGCUGGUCACUUUUGGUCAGUACGUGUUCGGGGUCUACACCAGGCCUGGGGGGCUUGGCAGUGUUUGUCAUGUGUCCUCAGUCCCAGGGAUUUGAAACGACUCCUUGCUGUGAGCGUCCAGAGUCUCCUGAACUUUGUCAGUGACUGAAACAUGAGCAGUGUCACCCAGAGCUGUGGUCAGCCUUACCCCUUCUCCGAGAACAAGCAGAGUGCUCUAUUUUUAACUAUGUUACACUCGUAAAUGACGAAACCAAAUCUUCUAUUAAAAGGCAAAGAUGAUGGAGA